AGCUGGUACUGCUCCGAGCUAGCCGCCGGGAGUGGGGCGGCGGCGCAAACAUGAAUGUUGGAGUUGCCCACAGUGAGGUGAAUCCAAAUACCCGUGUAAUGAACAGCCGGGGUAUGUGGCUGACAUAUGCUUUGGGAGUUGGCUUGCUUCAUAUCGUUUUACUCAGUAUUCCCUUCUUCAGUGUUCCUGUUGCCUGGACCUUAACAAAUGUUAUACAUAAUCUGGGGAUGUAUGUAUUUUUGCAUGCAGUAAAAGGAACACCAUUUGAAACUCCUGACCAGGGUAAAGCGAGGCUCCUAACUCAUUGGGAACAACUGGACUAUGGAGUACAGUUUACAUCUUCACGGAAGUUUUUCACAAUUUCUCCAAUAAUUCUAUAUUUUCUGGCAAGUUUCUAUACGAAGUAUGAUCCAACUCACUUCAUCUUAAACACAGCUUCUCUCCUGAGUGUGCUAAUUCCCAAAAUGCCACAGCUACAUGGUGUUCGGAUCUUUGGAAUUAAUAAGUAUUGAAAUGUGUUUUGAAACAACAAAAAUUUUUACAGCUACUGAGUUUUCUGUAAGGAAGGAAUGGUUACUAAACUGCACUGUUUCUGUGAAAAUGUGAAAUGAGAGGUAGCUACAUUGGAGAGCCAAUUGCUGGUUCUUCAUAUGCUGUUUUGAAGUGCAGAUUCUUAUGAGAAGAUGCCUUUGUUUAAUGCAUCUGGUAUCCUUCUGUAGAGAGGCUUCAGAGGCAGGCUGGGCAGGCCCAGCUUAUAAGUUAAAUGGCUAUAAAGUAAAGGUAGUAGAUAAAUCCAAGGAAAUAAGAGAUUUAUAAGAAACUAAGUCCAGCUUAGCUUAUAAUGAAUGGGCAUUAUAUUAAGAGAAGAAAAUGUUUAAUCAUUCAGUCAUGGUCAGUUUAAGCAGAGUUACAUGUAAACCAGAAUCAUUUCUUUACAAGUUUAUUACAGAUUGUUUUUAUUACCAUG